UUCAAAAGAAACAACUCUCCAAACCUCUCUCUCUCAAUCAUCCUUUCUGUUUCUCUUCUCUUUGAGGCGUGAAGUUUGGGCUUUCAUUACUGUCCCUCUCUAAACCAUCAACCACUCAUGUCUCUCUCCUUUCUUUCUUUUCUUCUUCUUUUCAUUUCUCUCUCUCUCACACUACUACUACUAUUUGAAGCAGACAACAAAGCCCAAGAGUAAUUGAUAACCAUCAAAAUUCUGUUUCCUUUCUAUCUCUCUUAAUUCUUUCUCCUCUUUCACACUCGCACAGGGUACCCUUCUCCAUCUCUAUAUAACAAGAAUGGAAAAUUGGGACAAACCAUUACGAGGACACAGAGAAAGGAAUAGUAAUCCGUCUUUCUCUUCCACUCUCCUUGACGCAAUCUACCGCUCCAUCGAGGUCGAAGAAACGGUUACAACUACCAUGAAGAAGCAGAAACAGAAUUCUCCCAGCAGGGCCAGCAAGGUGGAGAGUUGGAUGGAGAUCAAGAAAGAUGAGAAACUGUUGUUGAAGGGGAGAAACUCGCUAACGGAGUUCGAUCGAAGAAGUAAUAGAAGCUGCAAUUCUAGAUCUUCCUCCAACGCACUUUCCAUGUACUCGAACUCAACUUCCUCGGAAUCUAGCUCCGCCGGCUUCUCUUCAUCGGAAUCGGAGUCCUUCUACGGCCACCGCCAAAGGCCGAAGCCGAUUCGCACCAGCGUUUCCGAGAAGCCAACAACCACGUUUGAUGACAACAGAUGGAUCUCGCAGCCGCAGAAGCCGAAGAAUGAAAACAACGACACUAAUAACAAUAACGGAUUCGGUAAAACGAAGAACAAAGCGCUGAGAAUCUUGUACGGCGAGCUGAAGAAAACAAAGCAGCCGAUCUCGCCGGGUGCAAGACUCGCCAGCUUCCUCAACUCGCUCUUCCAUUCAAACGGAAGCUCGAAAAAAGCCAAGGUAGUUUCUUCGAGCCCCGUCGUGGUGCACGAGCAGCCUUCCUCCGCCACGCAGCAUGGCGGAGGACGCGGUAUUAGUUAUUCUAACUCUGCAUGUUCCUCUGCGUCCUCGUUCUCAAGAUCUUGCCUGAGCAAGACUCCGUCUUCGAGAACGGGGACGAAGAGGUCCGUACGGUUCUGUCCAGUGAGUGUGAUAGUUGGAGAAGAUUGCAGGCCUUGCGGGCACAAGAAUCUGCAUGAAGGGCAAAACAGUAAUUUAGUGGUGGCCGCAAAGGGGUAUAAUGGUAAGAACACUAACGAUGAAGAGCUUAGGUUCCAUGUGUUGCAGGAGAGUAAACGAGUAGAGGAAUUAGCUAGGGACUUGUUGAAGAAUUAUCAGAUGAAGAAGAAGAAGAAGAAUGAAGAAUUUCAUGAUGACGUCAUGCGUUAUGAACUUGAUUAUGAUGAUGACGAUGAUGAUGAUGAUGAUGCUAGUUGUUGUAGCUCUGAUCUAUUUGAAUUGGAUAAUCUUUCAGCAAUUGGGAUUGAGAGGUAUAGGGAGGAGUUGCCUGUGUAUGAAACUACUCACUUCAAUACCAAUAGAGCCAUUGCCAGUGGGUUCAUUCUGUAAUUUUGAUGAAUUCGGGGGACUACUUUCUAAAAAUUAGGAUUUUAAUGGUGUGGGUUGGGGGGUUUACAUCAUCGGAUAAAUAAUAAGAUUAUUUCUUUUUGUUUUUA